CCAGCGUUAAUCGUACACGAAGAAGGCAUUAUACACUUCCAUCGAAUUCUCUAUCAAUCUCAUCCCCGUCUACAUCGUUGUCAUUAGCAACAGCUGAUAAACAACAACAACAGCAACAACACCGUGAAGACACUGGAAAUACUUUAAAUAAUAAUAAUCAAACUGAAAUUUCUAUAAAUGUUAAUCAUAAAUUAAACAAUACACAAAUAUUUAGUGGUGAAAGUGAUAUAAGCCAGUUUAGACCAUACUCUAAAAAUGAAAAUACUUUUAAUGUUGAUGGUUUAGAUACUCAACGAAUCAAUAAGAUUGA